AGUAGACCCCAACCCCAUGGCAAUUUCGAUUCAGAAAGCUCCAUCGCUGUUUCCUCUAGAGCCCCGCCAAUAUCUCCAAAACUCUCCGUGGUUAGGGAAAGGAGUGGUGCUAGAGAGAUGGAUGGCCGCAAUCUGCUGGGUGCUGUCGGAGGAGCUGCGAGAGCGAACCAGAACAAGACCAAGAUCGUCAAGAUAGCGGUACCGGUGCUGGCCAUGCUGCUGCUGCUCACGGCGGCGGCUGUCUCGACGACGCCGGACGACCGUGCCUGCCUCCGUGCCUUCUUCCGCCGCGACAUGUUCCUGGUGUUCUGCGUGUUCGUGAGCACCACAACCGGCUGUUUCCUGACGUGGAUGGCCGUUAUGGCGCCGACGGAGGAUUCCCGGCGCUCGUACGCGUGGGCCGCCGUCAGGUGCUUCGCGCUUCUUGCCAUCAAUCUGUACUUCGCCUUGUCCAACCUGCCGGAUGUCGACGAUGCUGCCUAGGUUCGCUGCGCCGGUGUGGAUGCGCAUGUGCCUACCGGAGGAUUGAAGAUGGAUCAUUUUGGAGCUUGGAGACGCGCCGUUUUAAUCACUAAGUUAGAAGUUUGGAAGGGCCUGCCGUAUGGUGUUCUAUGGAGUAGUUGGCAACAUGUCUAUCUUAGCUUCCUUUUCUGUUGUCUUCCUCACAUGGGUUUUAGACUGUCUGUUUGCAUCUGCUGCAUUAAUGAUUAAUCGGGCUUCAACAUGGAGUAUCCCUGGAGCCUACGUAGUAGUAGUAUGAACUUCGAAAGGGUUUGAACUUUGUUUAGCUGAAGCUUUGAACGUUGGAAUGCAUGUGAA